AUGGCCAGCUUUGCUCAUGAUGCACUUGUCCGGUCAAUUACUGCCUAUGUAAGGGACUACAUGAAAGCCUAUGAUGCCUCACACAGCUGGGACCAUAUUGAGCGCGUGGUGAACAUGGCACACCGUAUCUACGAUGAGUCGGACGACACAUUCAGGUCGACGCUUGACCUACGCACAAUUCACCUCGCUGCUCUGCUGCACGACGUGGGCGACCGCAAGUAUCUCCUCCCGGGGCAGGACCCGUCUACCCUGAUCCAGUCGGUCCUCCUGUCCCAAGACUGCCCGGCCAAGCUCGCCGAGGACAUCCAGAAGAUCUGCUCCGGGGUCAGCUACACGAGCGAAACCCGCGACCCGGCCAAGGUGGCCUCCCUCAUCGAGGAAUUCGCCGAGCUGGCCGUCGUCCAGGACGCCGACAGGCUGGACGCGAUCGGCGCGGUGGGCAUCGGCCGCAUGUUCACGUUUGGCGGCGCCAAGACGGACCGCAGCAUGGGCGAGACCAUGAUGCAUGUCGACGACAAGCUGCUGAAGCUGGAGGGCAUGAUGAAGACCCGCGUGGGGAAGGAGGUGGCUAAGCGCCGGGCGGAGCGGUUGAGGCUUUUCAAGAUGUGGUGGCACGAGGAGUCCGGGCCAGCGGGGUUAAGGGGAUAAAACAGAGCCGCGGUUAAUUAUUUAUUGGCAUGGCGUUGCGGAGGGUCCUGCGGUUUUAAAGCAGGGCUGGGUUUGAAGCUGAGUUAGAGAGAGGCCGGGGGUGGAUGAAGCGGUUGUGUUAUGAGGGUGGAAUGGCCACGGUUGUAAGGAGAAGACUAAAGACUCGAGAGUAUGACGCGGGCCGGCGACUAAGAGAGACGGCGCUCAGGAACUAAAAUGGGGGAUCUGAUAUUCUGCCUGAGGGCACGUACAGAUUAGCUGCGAUUUCCCCAAGGUUGCCCCAUUUCACCCUCAUGCCCCAUUGCGAGACCCUAUCUACUUUGUAUUGACGGAAUGGAGUCGUUACUCCUAUCGAUUGUGUUGAGACCAAAUGCUUGGCACCGUUAGGCGCUGGUAGC